CUUGCUCAAAUGAGUGCAUAUCAGUUCGCAGGUCUGAUGAUUACAGUGAUUUGUUAAUUUAAAGUUUCAUGAAACAGUUGUGCGUAUGAAAAGUGUGUUGAUCUUCCUAGCCCUGAACGCUUAGAAUUAAAACCAAGUGCAAAAAUCUAGUAAUCUAGCACUGCAGCAGAGGGCGUUCAGGUAGGUGUGCUGAUAUCUGAUCUGAGUUCAGAUUUAACAUCCAAGCAUGCUGGAAUUAAUCAGCGAGCACGCAGAGACAUCCCGCACCAGCCUCAAAAACAAUGAAUUAAGUCACGUGGUCUGCAUUUUUAAGUAUUGUUUUUUUUUUCCCUUCACCUUGUGGAAAUCAGAUCAUAGGGCAGAUUGCGUCACAUAAACCUGCUUCUCAUGGUUGUAGCAAAGCUCCAAACAAACAGAGCGAUUGAACCGAUGGAGUCGGCAUAAGCAAGCCAAUCAGCAGACAGAGGCAGACCGCUGUGGCCCGUCCUCCUGCAGAUGCCUCUAAUCGCCGUCUCCAGUAGGGGGCGCUGUGGUUGUAGUAGAAGCAUCGACCUCCUUGCACGCUUUGCAGAAAUUGUUGGGGUUUUUUCUGAAUGUUAAGCCCUUUUCAGAGCUGGUUUUAGGUUGCUCAACAGGUCUGUCAUCGUCUAGCACAGAGAGAAGGAACAGGAUGUCUGCUGCCAGUGCUAAUUCUCUCUUUGGGAUGGGAAACCCCUUAUUGGACAUCUCUGCUGUUGUAGAUAAAGACUUCCUGGAUAAGUAUUCCCUGAAGCCCAACGACCAGAUCCUGGCUGAGGACAAGCACAAAGCACUGUUUGACGAGCUUGUAAAGAAGUUUAAAGUCGAGUACCACGCCGGAGGAGCCACUCAGAACUCUAUUAAGAUCGCUCAGUGGAUGAUCCAGGAACCUCAUAACGUGGGAACGUUCUUCGGCUGCAUCGGCAAAGAUAAGUUUGGAGAAAUCCUCAAGCAGAAGGCCAAGGAGACCCACGUUGAUGCUCACUACUACGAACAGGACGAGGAACCCACCGGGACGUGCGCUGCGUGCAUCACAGGAGACAACCGGUCUCUGGUAGCGAACCUAGCUGCUGCUAACUGUUAUAAGAAGGAAAAGCAUUUAGAUCUGGAGGAAAAUUGGAAGUUGGUGGAAAAAGCUCGAGUCUACUAUAUCGCUGGUUUUUUCCUGACCGUCUCUGUAGAGUCCAUCCUAAAAGUGGCCAAGCACGCUUCUGAAAAUAACAAAUUGUUCUGCAUGAACCUUUCUGCACCCUUCAUCUGUCAGUUCUUCAAGGACAGCCUCAUGCAGGUCAUGCCCUACAUUGACGUGCUCUUUGGCAAUGAGACGGAAGCUACUGCUUUUGCUAAAGAGCAGGACUUUGAGACGGAGGAUAUUCAGGAAAUUGCAAAAAAAGCCCAGGCUUUACCCAAAGUCAACAAAAAGAGGCAGAGGAUCGUGGUGUUUACUCAGGGGAAGGAUGAUACAGUCAUGGGUUCAAGUGAUAAGAUUGAGACUUUCCCUGUGCUGAAGAUCGACCCAAAGGACAUUGUUGACACUAAUGGUGCAGGCGACGCUUUUGUUGGAGGCUUCCUGUCUGGGCUUGUCCAAGAAAAACCUUUGGAUCAGUGCGUGAAGGCAGCACACUACUCCGCCAACGUCAUCAUCAGACGAGCAGGCUGCACCUUCCCAGAGAAACCUGACUUUAAGUGAAGCGUCUGGGAAAACUUUCUUCAGCCAGAAACCUCAAACUCACACUGCCUCCACUAUUUUAGUCCAGAUAUAUUUUUUUAAAUUUACCUUAUUUUAUUGAAUCAACCACCCAUUGUACGUAUUUUUAAAGCAGGAGCACAUUUUCACACCCAUCAGGAGUUUGUUUUGUCCUCAAGGGGUCACUAGAGGAUCACACAGCCCAGCCAGUUUUGAUUUAGUUUUUUAUGAAUACAUUUUUUUUUUGUUUUUAUUUCUAUCUGUGUUUAUUCCCAGAUGCCGCCAGGCUGCUCUGAUCACAUGACACUCAGCUGUAAGCGUUUGUGUGGACGUCUGAGUCUUUCUGCCUCUUAGAGGCACAGAAAGUGACUAAAGGAUGAAGCACGACUGCGAAGGACGAUUUCAGGAUUUAACCCUGAAACGUGCAGCAGUGAUUUUACAUUUCAGUGUUUUUAUUUUUAUUUUUUAUGAAGAAACCAAAUACAUUUUCAUUUUAAUGCACACUUUUUUUUUUUUUAUAAAUGUGUGUCAAAUCUUCCUGAUGCGGCUUGAUGCUCGUUUCACUCUUAACAGUAUUUAGAAGUUCCCUUUUUCGUCCUGGUGAGCAACGUGCCUUUUCUUUUCUGCAAAAACAACAGUUUCGGAUCCGUUGAGCUGAACGCCCUAUCUGUGUUCUCUGGAAACUGCUCUGUUUCAUCUUUUCUGAGAGGCGUUGACAUCAGCGACGUUCCCAGCAGAAGAUCAAACAUAUUAAGUGAGAAACGGGAACAUUUUUCUGACUAAAUCUACAUAACUACAUUGGACAAGACUCAAUCAUAUCCAUCUCAUAAAUUAUUUAAAUAAGCAGUUUUGCAACUAAAAUGGAACUAAAUUUGCUGAUCCAGAUCAUAAAUGCAAACCUUCAUAGCCCAAAAGCCUGGUUCAACUCACUGACUUGUUAAUAAACAUUAUGACCCGUGUUGGUGUUGUUUUGAUUAACUUAUAAAGCCAAAAAAAAUUUUACUUGAGCCUGCUUUACAGUGUAGAUCUCAAGUAUUUUUUGCAGGGGAACCAGUAAGAUGCAUCAAUGACAUUUUUAAAAUGAUUAUUAGAUCACUGUUUAUUUUUCACCCCUGAAUUUGUGAUGGAUAUAAAUGUCUUUUAGUAAAAUGUGUUGUCAGAGGUUCAGCCUCUAGUCCAACCCAAAGGCAUAAAGAAAUUUAGAAAAAGAAGCAGGAUGACUCAGAUUUUUGGGGCCAAACAUUUGAAUCUACUUACAUGAGUUUGCGGUGUGAUUUGUGCAACUGUGAAUGCUUGAAUCUAACAACCAUGAGUCAGAAUUUCAGUGAACACAUACAAGUUUCAGGAGGUUUACUGAAGAUUAACCUGCUUGUGUUGAAAAAUCUGUUUCUACAUCUGAUCGGCUUUUUCUUUGUAUGCCCAGAGGCACCAAAAAGCCUUACGUGACCUCAAAGUUUCCUUCAUGGUGGAAAACUGGAACAAAGUAAAACUGAAUCUGAUUAUUCAUUUUUUUGUUUUCUUUCAUAUUGAAGAACCAUAGAACAAAAACUUAAGUAUUAGACUCCAAAAUUAAUAAACAUGUUGAAUAAAAUUAUAUUUGUGCUAUUUUUCGAACGGCUAAAUAAAUGACCAAAAACGCUGUG